GCCGAAAUCUCCAAAGAUUGAAAGCAGAAGGCAGAGUACAUGAUCAGGCAGUUCUUCUAUGGCAUGUUUAGGAGUUGGUGAGUUUAUUUCCGACAAUGUUAAAAAAAAAACAACUUAAUUCUACAUCGCUCUUACGUUUUAUAGAAUUGUCAGUACAUAGGUCCGUGCAUUUUGACAUCAUUGAUUGCAUCAUACUAAUUUUGUUCUCGUUUGUUUAGCACGUGGUUUAAUAGCAAGUGAUCAAUCUACGAUGGCGAAGCUGUACGUGUUACUGGGGCUUCUCUGUGCGAUCACUUCAUCGUUGGCCGUAACAGACAGUGAGAUUGAAGAGUUUUUGGAUGUCUGCAUCGACUCGAAGCACCAUAAAGAGAAACCAGGGCCCGAAGCUGAUGUGUUUAAUCAGACUUUCCACUGCACGCCGUGGAAGAACCACGCGUGCUGCACGGCGAACACGACGUUUAAUAUCAAAAAAGACGGCGUGUUCUCUCUGUACCGCAUGCAUUGGGAUCAGUGUAACACAACCAUGUCACCGAAGUGCCGCCGAUUCUUCGAAGUGGAUACAUGCAUGUAUGAAUGCUCUCCAUACAUGAACCCCUGGAUUGCGCGUGACACUGUGUCGAAGGUAACGCGAAAGGAACGCUUUCAAAAUGUUCCUAUGUGCAGCGAAGAUUGUGAUGCGUGGUUCGAAGCUUGCAAAGAUGACUCCACCUGCUCGGAUAACUGGGGGGAUCAGAAAACUUGGAACUGGACGAAGCAAGGAAACAUGUGUAAGAAGCCAUGCAAGACCUUCAAAGAAUACUAUGGUGAUGCGAAAACGUUCUGCAAUAGGCUGUUUAACUACUCGUGGAAAUACACCGAAGGCGUCAAAGGUGAAGAUUGCAUGACUCUGUGGCCAAAUGGUACAACAAACAUCAACAGAAAGGUUGCUGAGAAAAGAGCUAGAGAGAUAAUUUUGACAAGGUCUUCAGCAUCCAAGCUAGCCUCAGGCUUCAGCGCAUUAAUUUUACUGAUAGCUGCUACAGUGUACUUGAUUUAAAUUGCAUAAACAUCUCCAAGCAAAUGAAUUGUGUGACUUGAUGGUUGAUCAUGUUUUUCUGUGACUUCAAAUCCAUUGUUAAACGUGCAUAAUUACUUGUAUAAUUCAUUUAUUUGUGACAUUUAUUCAAAAGGAUUUUUUGGCAUAAAGCCUAACUUUUUUGCAAAAAAUCACCAUACAAUUUUAAAUUUGUGUUACGUAAUCACAUUCUUUGCAUGCUCGACGUUUCUUGCUGAUAGUCGGCUUUGGUCUUCCAAGCCCAACUAUGCAUUAUUAAAGCUUAAGUUUGUUUCAGCAGUUGAUCUUUGAGUAUAAAGUAUAACAUUGGUGU